GUAACGGAUGAUUUCGUCACCUUGACGUUUGGUGUCCAAGCAGCGACAGCAGGAAACUUUGUCGAGUUUCUCCGUAACUUUCUUCUCGGUUCUGUUCUGACACCGGCCGCUUUCGUUGCUAUUUGAGGAAUGUUAGUUGUUGACACAUAUUGGAAGUAGUUUUCGGAGCUUCGUGGAGAUUUUUAUUCUUUUCACAGGCGGUGUUUUAGAGGAUCCAGGUGACGGAGACUCGGGAGUUCCCGAGCGGCUAACUCCGUUAGCCUUAACAGUUAACGUCACUUUAAAAGUGAACGGGCGGAAAGCUAAUUUAGCUCAACUGAUAUCUGACCGACACACAGCUUAAACUUUGAACGACACUUUGUUUUGUUAUUCGGCUUCUGUUUGAGAGCUUUUCGUUUUGAGUUUGACCGAAUUUCCGUGUCUGAAACUUGGGAGACUUUACGUGAACUUGAUCGAUACUGUUAAUGGAUCCUGAGAGUAGCAGCUAGCGGUGACAGCGAGCUAGCGGGGAGCCGGAGCCGAAGUUACGUUUCCGCUUUGUGAACGCUGCCCUCGCAGUUCCCAGAACACCGAAGUGCUCCCGACAGGAUGGCCGGAGACUCCACCGUCAACUUCAACCUCCUGCACCGGACCUGUAAGCUGGUGGUGCUGCUCUGUCUGCUCCACAUCUCCGUCACUGUCGUCUUCUACGUCCGCUCUCUGGACAUCCGGUUCGCUUUCGCCCAGAACCAGCAGACCCGGAAUGCUGUCACACAACUGAACCCGGGAAGAACCACUCUCGAACCAGAACCAGAGGGACCCGCGGACCGGGCAGACGAGAAGAAAGCCCCCGAGCUUCCGCCGCAGGAGGAGAAGGCAGGAGAGCCGGAGAAGACUCUGGAGAAGUGCCCGGAAACAUCACCUCUGCUGGUUGGUCCCCUGCGGGUGGAGUUUAACAUUCCCGUGACUCUGGAGCAGACCAAGGAUGAGAACCCCAACCUGCAGCGGGGGGGGCGCUUCAGACCCAAAGACUGUGUGGCGCUGCAGAAGGUCGCCAUCAUCAUCCCCUUCCGCAACAGAGACGAGCACCUGAAGUUCUGGCUGUACUACCUGCACCCCAUCCUGCAGCGGCAGCAGCUGGACUACGGAGUCUACGUCAUCAACCAGGGCGGAUCUGAGAUCUUUAACCGGGCGAAGCUCCUAAAUGUGGGCUACGCCGAGGCUCUGAAGGAGUACGACUACGACUGCUUUGUUUUCAGCGACGUGGACCUGAUCCCCAUGGACGACCGCAACACCUACAAGUGUUUCAGCCAGCCUCGACACCUGUCUGUGUCCAUGGACAAGUUCGGCUUCAGGUUACCGUAUAAUCAGUAUUUUGGAGGCGUUUCCUCGAUGAGUAAAGAACAGUACCUGAAGAUCAACGGCUUCCCCAACAACUACUGGGGCUGGGGAGGAGAGGACGACGACAUCUACAACAGGCUGGCGUCUAGUGGGAUGUCGAUCUCCAGGCCGAGCGGCGAGGUGGGAAAGUGCCGGAUGAUCCGACACCAGAGAGACAAACAGAAUGACCCGAAUCCUCAGAGGUUCGACCGGAUCGCCCACACCAGAGAGACGAUGCACAAGGACGGGAUCAAGUCUUUGUCCUACAAAGUGCUGAAGACAGAAAAGUUCCCGCUGUUCACCAAGAUCACCGUGGACGUGGGGAAACCGUGACGGCGAGCGGCGGCGUUCAGCUGACGGAGGGCGAGAGCUGGACUGAUGCAGUAAAGACCAAACGUGCCUUUGACACUUGAAUCUUUAAAGUUCUGGUUCCUGUGGACCAGACGUGCUGGACUCACCGUGUUUCUGUGAUUCUUCUUGUUUCUGCACAAACAGACUGAGAGUUUGUGUUUACUUUCGCUGCCUCGAAGACUCGUCUCUGAUUGGCUGCUGACUGGAACCAAUCGGCUGCCUUGCUGCUGCAACGCUUCCUGCACAAGCCUUUUAUUUUGAAAAUCAGUGACAAUCCGCGCUGCUGGGUCACAUGGUCCGGGCUUUACUGGUGGGAUUAUGGGUAAUGAACGGGGGUUUAGGUCUGGUCUGAUCCAGAUCUUGGUUCUUGAUGAAUCCUGUGUCUCAAUUUCUCAAGAAAGAACCGAAACCAAAUAAGUGUGUAAAAGUUCACUGAAUAUUCGUAAAGUUACUGAACAGCCACCGAGUUUCGGGCGACUCCUGGUGGAUUAUUAAUCCUGAUAAACUUUAUUUAUACUGUCACAGCUCAGAGAGCGUCAAACUGUAGAAACCUUUAAACACAAGAUUAACUAUGAGAAUAAUAUGGAAAGAAAUUAACAAGCAGUCCAGUAACAGUCAGUCAGAUCCAGACUAACAACCUGGAAUCCAGAUUAACAGUCAGAUCCAGACUAACAACCUGGAAUCCAGAUUAACAGACUUUAAUCCAGGUUAACAGUCAGAUCCAGACUAACAACCUGGAAUCCAGACUAACAACCUGGAAUCCAGAUUAACAGUCUUUAAUCCAGAUUAACAACCUUGGGUCCUGGGCCCUGUGGGUUACCUGACAGGUGUGACAGAAGCUCAGCAGGUUCAAACUCAGAAUCUACAAACAGAAUCAGAAACGGAUCGAUCGGUGGUUCCAGAAACCAGUUUCACUUCGGAUCCAGAUCUAAACACCCGGCCCUGACUGUGUGUGUGUUCCUGGUGAGUUUCAGUCUCACGGGGGUCUCGAGUCCAAAGUCCACCUGUAAAGGUCUCGAUAAUCAGGUUGUGAUUGAUAAACGUUUCCCAAAGUUUGUUUUAAUAAAAUCAUUUGACGUGUGAUUAAUUUAAAAACUGAUCAGCUGUCGACCAAAACGACAACCAGAGUCCAAAAAUCACCACGAGUCCGUCUGCCAGGUGCUCGUCUCAGCAUUGAUCCAGAUAUUGAUCCAGAUUGGACCAAACAGCUUUUAUCCAGAUAAACUUUGAAUCACACCGUGUGUGUGUGUGUGUUUUACUGUGUUCGUGGGGUCCAACAUGCUGGAAGUUCAAAGGGCCGUUUUGAGGGUUCAGCUUGGAAUUGGUUUAGAUAGGCGCCAGGUAGGGGCCAGGGGCCCGGUAACGCAUUAUAUGCUGACGGGUCCCCACGAGGAUAGUAACACAUGUCUGUGUGUUGAAUCAGCUUUUUGUCGACAGGUUUGUUUGUUUCUCUGCAGACCAAAAAUCUUUAUUGUUCAUAUGAAUGAAUCACCUGAAUGUGCCUUAAAAUUAAUCCUGUGUAAAUGUUGGAUCCGGUUUUACUGGUUGAACCGGUUUUGCUGGGGGAGGAUCUGGUCUGUGUAAAUGUAUGAGGAUGAAAAUGUGAUAAAUAGAGUUUAAGAGCUGA